AUGAUAGAGACAAAAUACUUAAGGGGGAUUGACACAGUGGAAAAAAGUGGAGAUAUUCAAAUUGAAUUGCAGACAGAACAAGAGGGCAUGGAUGAAAAAUUUGAAAUAAGCGAAAAUCACAAGAGAUAUUUGCCUGUUUUGAUCCCAGUGCGGAGAAUGAAACAAUUUGGACAAUGUUCCAUUAUUCCAUUUGCCUCUGCGUUCCCAGCAGUGAUUGGGAACCUGGAUGCAAAUCGAUUACGCGUCGCAUCGAGUCGGUCGCUGGAUAAAUGUGUCAACCAUAAACCCCCAAGCAUCAACCAUAAACCCCCAAGUGUCAACCAUAAACCCCCAAGUGUCAACCAUAAACCCCCAAGCAUCAACCAUAAACCCCCAAGCAUCAACCUUAAACCCCCAAGCAUCAACCAUAAACCCCCAAGCAUCAAACUUAAACCCCCAAGCAUCAACCAUAAACCCCCAAGCAUCAACCUUAAACCCCCAAGCAUCAAACUUAAACCCCCAAGCAUCAACCAUAAACCCCCAAGCAUCAAACUUAAACCCCCAAGCAUCAACCAUAAACCCCCAAGCAUCAAACUUAAACCCCCAAGUAUCAACCAUAAACCCCCAAGCAUCAACCAUAAACCCCCAAGCAUCAACCAUAAACCCCCAAGCAUCAACCAUAAACCCCCAAGCAUCAACCAUAAACCCCCAAGCAUCAACCAUAAACCCCCAAGCAUCAACCAUAAACCCCCAAGCAUCAACCAUAAACCCCCAAGCAUCAACCAUAAACCCCCAAGCAUCAACCAUAAACCCCCAAGCAUCAACCAUAAACCCCCAAGCAUCAACCAUAAACCCCCAAGCAUCAACCAUAAACCCCCAAGCAUCAACCAUAAACCCCCAAGCAUCAACCAUAAACCCCCAAGUAUCAACCUUAAACCCCCAAGCAUCAACCAUAAACCCCCAAGCAUCAACCAUAAACCCCCAAGCAUCAACCAUAAACCCCCAAGUAUCAACCUUAAACCCCCAAGCAUCAACCAUAAACCCCCAAGCAUCAACCAUAAACCCCCAAGCAUCAACCAUAAACCCCCAAGCAUCAACCAUAAACCCCCAAGCAUCAACCUUAAACCCCCAAGCAUCAACCUUAAACCCCCAAGCAUCAACCAUAAACCCCCAAGCAUCAACCAUAAACCCCCAAGUAUCAACCUUAAACCCCCAAGCAUCAACCAUAAACCCCCAAGCAUCAACCAUAAACCCCCAAGCAUCAACCUUAAACCCCCAAGCAUCAACCAUAAACCCCCAAGCAUCAACCAUAAACCCCCAAGCAUCAACCUUAAACCCCCAAGCAUCAACCAUAAACCCCCAAGCAUCAACCAUAAACCCCCAAGCAUCAACCUUAAACCCCCAAGCAUCAACCAUAAACCCCCAAGCAUCAACCAUAAACCCCCAAGCAUCAACCAUAAACCCCCAAGCAUCAACCAUAAACCCCCAAGCAUCAACCAUAAACCCCCAAGCAUCAACCUUAAACCCCAAGCAUCAACCUUAAACCCCCAAGUAUCAACCUUAAACCCCCAAGCAUCAACCAUAAACCCCCAAGCAUCAACCUUAAACCCCCAAGCAUCAACCUUAAACCCCCAAGCAUCAACCUUAAACCCCCAAGCAUCAACCAUAAACCCCCAAGCAUCAACCUUAAACCCCAAGCAUCAACCAUAA